AAACACGCCUUCUCGUUACAGGUCCUGGCGAGCGCAGGCACGAGCGCCUGCGGGGAGGAGGGCGCGAGACGGUGGCGGUUAUGGCGGAGGGGUGCCGCGUUCCUGUCGCGGAAGCAGAGGGGCCCGGGCAGCAACUUGGGGCCGAGUGGCGCCUCGAGGCGCUGAGCCUGGAGUGCGGAGCGACCGGCGCGGGAGCGCGGCAGCCGGGGGGUCGUAGAGCCACCAUCGCCAGCGCGCUGGAGCUGGAGGGCAGCGUGCGCCGCGAGGGCCUCCUCACCCACUUCGUAGCCAGCAACCUGCAGCGGAAGAUCCAGCGCAGCGCGCCCGCCGCCAGCGCCAUCCCCCCCGUAGACCCCGCGGCGCUGCGGGACCUGGUGGCGCUGGCCGGGCAGGUGGCUGCGCAGGUGGAUGAGCUGCUGCGCAGCGUGCACUGCGGCCUGCAGGCCCUGACCGCCCUGAGCGUGGGCUGCAUCCAGACCUACCGCGACGGCGUGGAGAGCCUGGGCGAGGCCGUGGACACCAGUAUCCGAGCCAUGUACACACUGGUGGCGCGGUGCGAGGAGCUGGACCUGGCCAUGCAGCCCGUGCCGGCCUUGGCCAGGCGCAUCCGUGACAUGAAGGGCAUGCUGGAGCGGCUAGAGGGGCUCUGCAAAUAGCACCCUGGGGCGGCCGUAACCCCUCAGCCGAUGGCCCACGUUGCUCAAACACCAUGUGCCUAAUCCAACAAGCCAUCUGCAGCAGGUGCUGCUCCUUCACACACACCACACCUCGGCAUGCGGCAGCUCAGGAGCUGGUCCAAUUGGGAUCCAGGAUUGAUACUCGGGGAAAGUUUGCCUCCCAUCGAAAGCACUUUAUGCUUAUCUGCCUUGAUCUCUGAGCUGAGGGGUGGCUUUUUCCACUGCUAUUUUUGUUGACUGUUUUCUUCUGAAAUACCAAUGAAUAGUUUCACUAAACUUAAAUAAAGAUAUUUGCUAUUUUUU